GGGUGGACUCUUAUUAUGAGAUUGAACAUAUUUUGUAGCCUUACCUUAUACGGGCACUACGUUGAGGCUUGAGGCAUUUUAGGGCAUUUGGCUUGCCUGUCGCUGGUCUGAUUAUGGCGACGAGGCAGUAUAGUCCGAACGAAGAUCGGAAUAUCCUUGGCAACACAAAGUCUUAUUUCUCUCAUCUUGUGCGCUCGAGUCGCUCCUCUCCACGUGAUGGACGUAAUCAAGGAGAUGCGUCCAGCCAGAAUACCCCGAGUGUAAAUGUGCGCCAAUCUACACGAGCGAAGGUCCACGAGAAGAAGACAGGAAAGACGCCAGUAGCGAGCUGGAUCCCCUACACGUUUCGACAUUACUUCAUGGGCAUGCUGAGUAUCGUGACCUUUGGUUUGGUGCUUGUGACGUUCCUGCUUUGGUGGAAAUCUUCGACAAACUAUGGAAUAGGGCCCGAUGAUGGCUCGUCUGCUUUGCUUUUCGGCUGGCGAUACAGUCCGACCGCGAUCACCGUUUUAUGGAUUCAAUUGACCGCCAUGUUAUUUGACGAUGUUAAACGUACCGAGCCCUAUGCCCGCUUAGCCCGACCUGAGGGCGCAAAGGCGUCGACGAGCAUCUUGGAAACGCCGAGCCCCUGGUGGAUUACUCUAUACCGAGGAUUCGCGAAGAAGAAGUACGGCCGGCGAAGUUGGAUAUUAGUUUGCGCAUCACUGAUCAACAUUGUUGGGUUUCUCGCAAUUUCCCCGCUGUCUUCUGCCUAUCUAUACUCGGAACAGAUGGUCGUGCCGUAUACGACUGAGUUCUUGCGUUACUCUCCGAUGUCAAAUUCGCCCCUUCCUAUCGAUAUGGAUCAGACGACACACUUCCGUACCAUCGCAAAUCUUCUUCAAAAUGUAUCAACUUCACCCUGGAUUACGGAUAAUUAUACAAUCCUACCAUUUUGGCCCACCAGUCUCGAGGAUGGAGCAAUCGGCUCCUUACCAACGAGCUCUCAGCAGACAUGGAAGGCGGAGACCACGAUGUUCAAGAGUGAACUGAACUGUACCGAAAUGAAAAGUGUUACCGAGAACGCAAACUCAGAAAACAUCUCCAUUAUCUGGUCUUCCGCUGAUGGGUGCAAGUACGGACUUUCGGCGACGCAAGAUCUUUUCACAACCGGUGGAGCCAGUUGGUCUAAUACUUCAACCUUCUUCUACGCUGACGAAACCCUUUUUGUGAGCGAAAAGUUCUCCUCAUCAAACCAUACAUUUGAAUGUAACGGACGUGAAAUCAUCAUCGCAACCGAGCCAUGGCCGUCGGCAACGAAGCCAGGCCGAUACCUCGCUCAACUUUGCAGUACCAAGUAUUAUAUGGCCAAUAUCUCGGUCACAGUUGCCUUGGCAGGGGACGAGCCAGAGAUCUCUUUCAACGAAACCGAUUUCACUGAGAAUAGAAUGUUAAUCCCGGAGACCGUUAUUAACACCACCAUGUUCCAGGACAUGACCUUGGCCUCGGAAUGGAAUAGCUAUAUGAUCACGUCUCCUUCGAUGAUGGGAGGAGCCUCUGUUAUUCUUGGUGCCCUGUACGACUACAAUAUGACCAAGCUUGUCAAUGAUCCAGACAUGGUGUCCUCUGCAGCGAGAGCAAAGCAGCGCUACUUCGGUGAAGUCAUCCAGUCAGGCUUAAGCCAGGACAAUACCGCCACGAAAGUUCCAAUCCAGGCUCAAAUCCGUGCAGUGGAAACCCGAGUCAUGGUUCAAGCUGGUCCUGCAGUUGCCAUGGGCAUUCUCUUUGGCAUCUGCUUUUUGCUCUUGCUCGUCGUGUGGUGGACCUCGCAAUUAAAGCUCCGGCCAUUGAACUUGACCAAAGACCCAGCAACCACCGCUGGCGUCGCCUAUUUGCUCACGCAAAAUCCGAGGACAAGGUCUGGUUUCCAGUCUUUGAGGCAGCCGUCAAGCAAUGAUCUCCAGAAGAGACUGGGCAGCGAAUGGUUCUACACAGACUCCCAAGGGUUGUCUAGAAACCAACUUGAACAACCGAGAAUUGAGGAGAGUACCCAGUCCAAAAAUGGAACACCUGGAAUACUCCGCUUACCGGCACUCAUUGGAAUGGUUGUCGUCUUGGUGGCUAUUGUUGUUGCCGUUUGCGUACUCUACCAUUACGCCGAAGGAUCCAACUUGUAUCAAAAAGCGUUUGUUUAUCAGUUCGAUGUUUCCUUCUUGAGUGGAAGCGUGUCCUCGAUUGCUCCCUUCUCGAUGAUUCCGACUAUUGUUGCAGUGGGAAUCGGUCUGUGGUGGGGCGCAAUGGAUGAGAAUUUCCGUCGCUUGCAACCAUAUCUUUCCAUGGCAAAACACGAUCCGCCAUAUAAGCAAGGUGUUGAUCUCUCAUACCAAACAUCAUACUGGUUUUGGGCAGCUGGCAAGGCGGCGUUUAACAAGCAGUGGCUGCUUUUCUUGGUCACUUUAGGAUCGACUCUAUCACCGAUUUACACUACUGCCAUGUCUGCACUUUUCGAUCGUGGCACUGGUGUCAUCGUCAAUCCUAUAACACUACAGCGCAGUCUUGAGCUCCGUGAAAUUCCCUUCAUAUAUGAGACGCAGCAAUCGGUGUACCCCGGCGCAUCUAUGAAUUAUCCCACCGCCGUGCUCGAAACUCUCUACCAGAACCUUUCUUCUUACUAUAUGUACACUGCUAUCGUUCAGCUAGCUCUCAACGGCUCAGAGCCAGCUUGGAGCAAGGAUGGCUGGAGCUUUACUCCCCUUGAUUUAAGCAGUAUCUCUAGUUCAGAGUCUCUUGCCAAGCUCGGCGCCAGUCAAGCAGACAAUCUGGGCUCGGUGUCACAAACUAACGUCACGUUUAACACGCCUGCCAUUCGGGGGCGGAUUGAGUGCAGCCCGCCCCCUAUGCAAGUCCUUGCAAAUCUCUCUUCAUGGACAACCGCCACAGACCUGUCUAACCAUACCGUCUGGAAUAAGAGCACAAUUCCAGACGGCGUGCGCGGCGGUUAUCAGCUAGGCAACACGUAUAAAAGCAGACAUUUUCCGAGCAGUAUAACCCCCCUCUUACCAGGGCAGAACCAAACUGAAUGUCUCGGCUGCACUACUGCGUUUGUCAAUCCAGCUAUGCUUACUUGCUGCGGCAAUGGGAGCGCCGAUUCUCGCAUGGGCAGCGUGGCAAUUGGAUAUUGGUCUCCGAACGACGCCCUCGACUAUUUUUCGCCAACCUCUUGGCAAAAGAAUUUCACUGCUAAGUGGUUCUAUGGUGAUGCAAUCACAGGAAUCAAAGUGAACAACAAUACUGUGACGAGCCAGAUAGACGCAGGGCCAUUGUUUCCUUCGCCACCGUCAAUCUCCUUGUUCAACUGCCAGCCUAUCAUCGAGACUGCAGAUGCCACUGUUACUGUCGAUCCGUCAAGCGGCGCGAUUCAAUCGUUCAACAUCACAAGUUCACCAAAGGUGGCGACGGGGGCUUUUACAGAUAAAUUUGUCGCUCAUAAUGGCUCCAUCACCGACUUGCGUGCCGGUUAUAGCGAAUUCAACGUGACAAUCAGCUACGGACACAUCUUCAUGAGCACUCUCCUGACUGCAGCCGAUCUGCAACGCAUUUCCGGCGUCUCCCACACCCUCGGUUACACACUCGAAAGCCUUGAUGACAACACCUUCAACAUCCGGGAUGAAAUGGAGGGCCUAAACAUGGAUUUCAUGACAUAUGCGAUGUAUUCAAUGGCCAAAAAGAACCCACACGCCCUCCUGGACACAGACACGUUCGUCAAUCUCGCGCAAAAGACAUUCACGACUUUCUUCCAGCAUUUCGUCGGCAGCAACAUCACCGUGAAUACCGGUGGCUGGGCCUAUCAGACGAUUAACGCUAGUCUCCCGGCUGACCUUGCCCCCGCGGUCGAGUAUGUCAAUGGGUAUAUGAGCGGUUCCAAGGCGACGGCAUACCAGGAUACCAUACAUCCCAUCUCGCACACGAACAGAACGGUCGUAGUGCAGGUCUCCCAACGCGUCGAACUACUCCAGAUGAACGCCGUCGCAGUCUGGCUAAGCAUCGGAAUAAUGGCAUGGCUCAUCCUCACAACAUUUAUCGUCGCCAUCCUGCAGAAACGCUACUUUGGCCGACUGGUGCGCAACGUCGAGUGUCUGGGUGACGUGCUUGUUCUCAUCGCCGGUAGUGCCAACUUGCUUCGGGUUGUGCGCGAGAUCCAAGCUGGACGGCUUACACCGGAGGAUUAUGAGCAUUUGCGGACCCGCUUGGGUUGGUUUGUGGAUGAGGAUGGCGCGUUGAGGUGGGGUGUUGAGAUGGAGGAGGCCUUUAGGGAUGGGCCGGGUGUGCAGUGGGUUGCUGCGCCGUGCUUUUCGAAGAAGGGGACUAAGACGUGGAGUCUUUCGGAUGAGGAUAGACAGUCGUAGAGGGAGGGUGGUCAUUACGUUGCGAACCUCCUCAUGUUGAAGGUGUAGUGGGUGAUUUUUUGUAAAUAUUGUCUUGGGGACGUACAUAUUGAUCAAUGUAGAAGUUGGUAGUCUAUUUAUUGUACAGUACAUUGUUGAUUCUCUCGCUCUUCGCUGGAAACAGUAAAACAAGAAUCCGAUUGUCUGCCCCUGCAGCCAAUGGAUGACAAUGGCACCAUACAGAGGUGCUUUUUGUUUGCUCUAUGAUGAUGAGCCAAUUCCCAAAUCGCCAAUAUUGCCCAUAUUGAGGAAGUCGGUCGCGGAACCUGCAUCGACGAUACCUUCGGUGCCUUCGUCCUCUUCUUGCUCCUCCUCGUGAUCUUGUUGGCCACUUACCAAGGGAGUGAUCAUGCCAAUGUGGAACAUGUAACCCACCAACAAGGCAACUCCGCCCACGACAGCCGCGACGGAUGCGUAGAGGUCAUUUUUACCGGCGUCGGCGGCCUGAGACACAACAGCCCGCUCAAGGCCCGACAGAUCUGCGUCUGGGGACUGAGCACCCGCCUUCAAUCCGUUGUAAUUGCGCAGAUUGCGGAGGAGUGGGGUGGAAUCAGCCAGCGUAUCGAGGAGAGUGCUACUGACAGCCGCAACGGAGAUACGGCUCGGAGUCCGCCAUGGCAGCGAUGACGAAGGCGUAGACUGCGGCGAAAAUGCAUGGGCAACCUCCACGGGUGCCUGUCCGAAACAUCGUCGCCGCACUCGUUCUGUAUAAGCCGCAAGCUGUGGACUCUUAGUCCGCAUAGCAUCUCGCAGCCAUGGGAAGGUAAGCUCGGGUACCAGCGCCAGCGAAAGGUAUCCCAGUGCAAUGCAGUCCAGACUAGAUAGAGCGUCGUCCUCAUUUUUGGCCAGAAGGUAUGCCUUCUUGCCUAGCAUGGCCUCCAGCGGCUCGAAGAACUCGCCCGUCAGCGCCUCCAAGCGGAAAUGAUUCUGCUGCGCCGUCCGGCCAAGCAAUUUCGAAACCGUGUCGCGUGGGCGUGCGAUCAGGGCCUUGGGGACUCGGCCAGCUGCGACUGCGGCUGAGUGUUCACGUUGGCGCUGCUCUUCCAUCGCUUGUAGGUCCAGCGACGAGAGACCCAGGUGUUCGGUGCGGGCUUUGGCAGCGCCGUGCAGCUUCGGCGGGAGGAUCCAUUGGUUCGGCCAUUGAAGAAGGUUUCCGUACGCGGGUGAUGUGUUGCCAUAGUAGUUCUGGCUGCUCACGUACAGGGAGAGAUCGAUAAGGACUUGACCGCGGGAUUCGACGAAGGAAGAGAAGCUGGAAUGCAGCGCGCGCGAGCGCAGAUGUUAGCCGAUUACUUUCUGCCCCCUUUGGGCGCUUGCUUUACCAAAGCUUGGAGCUGGUGGUUUCACGUACGCGAUACUAUCCGCACGAGCUGUUUCGUCAAGCUCGCGGUCCAGAUCCCAUUCCCCGUUCGAGUAUUGGCGCAGGUAAUCCACGAUGUUGCGGAAGCGGCUCACCCAUGUCGAGCCAUCUUGCAAUGCGGGCAGCUCACCUAGGCAGCCAAAAAAGCGUUUCAGUCAGCUCAUUGCGCUGGGAUUCCGAUGUUCCUGGUUGCUCCGGUCGGGAAAGCGGCGCAAGAGCCAUCACGUCACUCACCAGUAGGAGACACCGAAGGGUCACUAGUCGCCACCAGCUCCCAAGAGCCCUUGGGGAGGGCUAAUGAGCAGUAAGCAAUAGCUGCGAGGCAUUGCGCAUCAAUUGACGGCAAAGUAAAGGCCGGCCCCCAUAUAUGCAGUUGCAAGACCAUUGUGAUUUUGGCUGUACUGGACAGAGAAGGAUGGCCCGCGGAGUGGCCUCG